AUGGCAACACCGGCCAAAGAAGGCUCCCCCGACACCACUGCCCUCCCCAGACCCGCCGUCCAGCCCAGCAACGGCGACGCGCAAAACGCACCUCGUCGCUCCAGCUUCAACUUCCUACGUCGCAAGAGCUCCAGUGACUCCCGUGGCCGCAGCGUGUCCGGAGGCAAGAUGAGCAAGAAACAGAAGGCGCUGGCCCAGGAGCGGGAAGCUGCGAGGCAGCGGGAAGCCGCGAUGCGACAGCCUCCUCCGCGCCUUCCCAACCACUCGCCGCUACCCCAGAUCGACCACUUCGGUGGAGACGACGCACGACCCGAUUCCAUUGCCAUAGUCUCCAACAGGGCGGGCAAUUACAACCAAAACUUCAGCAGGCCCUCGAUGGACCAAAAGAUGCCGCCCAACACGAACAUCCACGUGCCUGUACCGCCCAUGCCCAUGCAUGGCGCCUCGUCGUCGUACAUGGACUUCGAUCCCUACCCGCGCACCGAGAGCAUGACCCACCGCGGCCGAUACAGCUACGCAAGCAGUGCCGUCAGCACCAUUGGCGUCAACAGCCCCCGUCGCGUGCGCAGGAGGAAGGACCCGACUCCCUUCAACAUCCUCGUCAUCGGCGCCAAGAGCUCUGGCAAAUCCUCCUUCAUCGAGUUCCUCCGCACUGCCCUCGCCUUGCCCGUACAGAAACGCCCGAACACCCCUUCUCCUCCUCCCUCAGCCGUUGCGCACGAUUCGCCAUUCACUUCGCAGUAUCUGGAGACGGAAGUAGACAAUGAGCGCGUCGGCGUUACUUUGUGGGACUCCGAGGGUUUGGAAAAGAGCAUAGUUGAUUUCCAGUUGCCGGCGAUUACCUCUUUCUUGGAGUCCAAGUUCGAGGACACGUUCGGCGAGGAGCAAAAGGUCAUCCGCGCGCCAGGGGUUAGAGACACUCAUAUCCAUUGUUGUUUCCUUAUCCUGGAUCCGUUUCGCCUUGACGCUAACAUCGCCGAGUCGAAGAAGCCUAACAGUAACGUUGUUGGUGGGCUCAACGAGACGCUCGAUAUCAACGUACUACGUGAGCUAAAGGGCAAAACGACGGUCAUCCCUGUCAUCAGUAAAGCCGAUACAAUAACUACUGCGCAUAUGCGUCACCUCAAGAAGUUGGUCUGGGACACACUGAAGCGCGCAAAGUUAGAUCCGCUCGAGGCGCUUCAUCUCGACGAGACUGACGACGAAGGCGAAUUUGACGAACGCGACGAAGAUGCGUAUGUUCGCUCAGGCGAUGGAGACUCGGACAUACUUAACAAGAUCGUCGACAAGUCAUCUUCAGACGACGGAUCUGAUGGCUCGUCGCACCGCUCUGGGUCACAAUCGCCUCCAACCUCCCCGCCAAGCGCAAAGAGGAACCACACCAGGAAGGCGUCUGCUAUGUCUGCCACUAUUGAAAAAGAAGACCCUGAAGGCCCAUUCUUGCCUUUGAGCAUCAUCUCUCCGGAUCUGUACGAGCCUGAGGUCAUUGGUCGCAAGUUUCCGUGGGGUUUCGCCGAUCCGUACAACGAAGAACAUUGCGACUUUGUCCGCUUGAGGGAGAGUGUCUUUAGCGAAUGGCGUGCGGAGCUCCGCGAGGCGAGCAAAGAGCAGUGGUACGAGGGCUGGAGGACACUGCGGCUGCAGAAGGUGCCCGCUGGGCGAAGAGUCACGACGUCAGAUGGACUGGCGAACAAGCAGCUCUCAGUACCUGCGCAGAACGGUCGUGCCGCCAGCGCCGGCCGUGAAGCCCGCCAGCACCGAAGCACGCCCUACUAG